AUGGAACCUAGUAUAUUCAAGGAUGCAAGGUUCUUCGUCAUUUCUUGCAAUGAUAAGAAGGUAGUAGAUCUUUUGAAGUCGUUGGGUGCAGUGAGUCAUCCUUUCUUGUCAGAAAGUGUACGUUUUGCUAUCAGCGAUGACCCAUCUCUUGUGGAAGUUGGUGAAGCAGAAGAACUCUAUGCUGUCCCAGUUGUUACUAGUCGUUGGGUGAAACUUUCUGUUGAAGCGCAAAAAUUCUUACCAUUUCGUCCUUUCCAUCCAGAUUUCAAACAAAUUUUUGCAGGGACGGUUAUUACAUGUAGCGGAUUGAGUGUAGCUGAUCGCCUUGCUAUAUGGGCACAUGUUAUUAUACAUGGAGGUGACAUGUGUCAUUAUUUGGAUAAGUCCGUGACUCAUGUAGUCGUUGCUAAGGCAGCAGGGAAUUUUUAUGAUUAUUGUACUGCAAAGUUGAUGAGUGAUUGCACCGAAAAUGAAGACAACAAAAAGCCAGUUCUAAUUACGCCUGAUUGGGUUAUAGAUUGUUUAACUCAAAAGAAUUUACUGCCAUGUACAUCAUAUCAUCCCGAUUUAUUAGUUCGUCCAACACCACCACCUUUGCCAGUAGCUAAACAAACCUCUUUAAAACAGUUACAACAACACCGGCCAAGUAAUUCAAAGGAAACUGAUUCGCGCCAUACUACUAUAAAUAGUAAUAAUGAUAAUAAUAUUCAAGUAAAUGAUUCAUCAAAACAAGAAUCAAAUUUAAUCAUCAGCUCUACAUUAAGUAAUGAUUCAGUGAUGAAUAGUAUUGAUAAUCAUGUUAAACUCGCACUAGCAGUUCCCACUACUUCCCUUACCCUUGUAAAUGUAAAUGCUAUUUCUAACAAUAAUACUGGUGCUACAAUUAGUAGUAUAUUGAGUUGUGCAAACACUUUACAACAACAACAACAACAACAGCAACCUCAAUCACAAAUCACUACAAAUAAACAACACCUGUUACAAAGUAACCAAAUGAUUCAUACACUACAGUCUACUCAACAGCUGUCAUCAGUACUGUCAGGUGGGACGAAUGUACAAGCUGCAACUGGUAUUAGUAUCCAACAAUUGAAUGUGAAACCAAUCGAUCAAAAAGUUGUAUAUGACGGAUUGUCACCAAUGCCUCCGAGUAAACCUGGUCGAGGAGGGCAUUCACGCGGCGGAGGUCGUGGUUCGUCUAAGAAAGCAGCUCAAGACCAAUUACGUGGUAGUGGUCAACAACAACAGCAACAACAACGUUUCCCAGUUUCGUCACCUGUGCCAAAUCGUUAUCCAGUUGCUCAGAAUGUGAGUUCUGGUGGUGGAGGGGUUGGACCACCUCAACGCUUUACAAUGAAUCGGGCUCAUGGUGGUGUUAAUCAGCGUUUUCCAUCUGGUCUACCAAUAUACACUGACUCAACAGUCCAGCAAGGAAUGAUGCAACAAACUGCAGGAUCUGAUGCUCUUGGAAAUCCUAUUUCAUCAGGAACCAGUUAUUCCGCUAAUCAUAUCCCUGGGAGUAAUACAAAUAUAAUGUUCAGUAACAGUUUAUUACCGGCUACUACAAUUGGAGGUGGUGGUGGCGGUACGAUGACGAUAACAACACCAAUUACUGGUGGAUUAAGUGGUAAUGGUAGUAGUACAGGUGGUAGUAGCGGCGGUAACAGCAAUACUGGACAUCAUGGAAAGACUAGUAAAUCAAAGUCCAGCAAACAUAUGCAAGAACAAAAUUUGAAUGAAGAGGAGAAGGAUGCUAUUGUUAUGCAGAAUGUGAAAAACAUUUUAAGUUUGCAGCAUACAUGGAAUCGAGAGUCUUCACAUGGUCGAGGUUCUUCUUCAGCGGCUUCUUCUGAUGCACAUUCUUCUGGUAACAAUUCUGUACACAGUCAAAAUGGACUAAAUUCAUUUUCUGGAUCACAAGGUAGUAAUUCAUCCAAUUUGGGAAAUAUUAUCACUUCUGGAUAUGGCAAUUCAUCCGGCUUGGGUUCAUCUCAAUCCUCUGGAAAUCAUCGAAAACCGAAAUCGCCUAAAUCACCAUGCCGUGCUGUUGGAAGCAACACGGGUCAUAAAGUGUCGCCGAAAUCACCGAAAACUGCUAAAGCCAGUGGUAUUACCAAGACUCUAUCAGCACCUCAUCAGCAACAUAUUCAACAACAGCAACAACCACAACAACAGCCAUCCAUUGUAAUGGCAGGUUGUACUGGUUCGGCACUUCCUUCUGUUUUGCUAACUGGUAGUCUUCAACAGAUGCAAUACCGACCAGCUAGUAAUAAUUCACUUCAAGGCACACCACAACUACAAAGAUCAAAUAGCAUGCAACAUUAUUUGACUGCAGCUACGCUUGCGUCGCAUCAACCACAAUCGGCACCAGGAACUCCAGCGUAUAUUGUACAAAGACAUCCAUGUGGUCAACUUGUAGCUAGUGUAUCUCAACAGUCUUCACAUGGACAAUUGCACACACAAUCGUUUCCUGUUCAGAAUCCUUAUCAGCGUACUGGUAGUAUACUCACUGCUGUUAAUACAUCAAAUUUAGGGCAACAACAACCAUCACAGCAACAACAACAGCAACAGCAUCAAUCGCAACAUCAAGCUAGUGUUCAACAUUUCCAGCAUACCGCACAAAUUCAACAGCCUACUCUAUUCGUACGUACUGCCCGUCAACCAUAUCAACAAAAUGACAACAUGGAACCACAAUCUGAUAUGACUAUAAUUAGUUCAGAUGGUAGUGGAGAAAUCUUAUUGACAAGCAACCAUAAUAAUUCAAAUCAACAUCACAACCAUCAUCCUCAUCAAAUGUCAGCCAAUAAUAUCAUUCAAUCAUCCAAUCAUUUAUUUCAGUCUAAUCAUCAACCAGGACAUAAUAAUUCAACUAUUGAACAAACACAUCCGCAUACCAAACCAACUGGUGGUAGUUCACAGCCAAUAACUCAACAGUUAUUACUUCAGUCUACUGGUGGGAGUGGUGGUGGCACAGUUGGUGUAGGUGUUGGUAGUGGCAGUCAACUUAUUCAAAUUAAAUCGACAUCGUAUACCUCUCCAGUCCAACAAACCUUGUUAUCUGAAGCAAACCAUUAUCAUCAACACCAGCAGCAUUUGGCUGGUUCUUCUAUUAAUGCUGUUAGUAGUACCUCACAACCCACGCCUACUAUGAUCAUUGAUAAUCAUACAGGUCAUCAGCCACAGCAGAUUAGUCAGUCAAACUGUAAUCUAACAACUACAACCUCGUCUACACCACAACAACACUAUUCACAACAGCAACAACAAUCGAUACAACUUCAUAUUGCACUACAUUCUCCAAAUAAUAGUGGCAUUAGUAAUAAUUCUCUGAGCAUUAGUGCACCUGGUGGUGGUGUUAAUAGUGGUGCAGGUCAAGUUAAGUCAUCGCCAUCCAAUUUACCAUCACAACAUCCUAAUAUUGUCGGCGCUAAGAUGUCACAAUUACAGCAACAGCAAAUCCAAACACAGUCAUCUUCAUCACCAACGCGUCAUCCAAUGAAUAAUAGACAGUAUGUUCAGCAGCAGCAACCUCAACAACCACAAGCUCAGCAUCAAUAUACUGCUUCACUAACAGCACAUCCUACACACUACCAACAACAACAACAGCAGCAGCAGCAGCAGAAAGUUCAACUUUCACCAGCCAAUGCUUCUGUUCCACAACAAUAUCAAACCAUUCAUAGUUGUUAUGCAACACAGCAACAUUCACAACAGCAACAACAACAACCGCAUCAAAAUCAGCAUCCUCAACAGAUUAUAUUUCAAUCACCGACUGGACAACAGAUUAUCGCUGCGCAACAUCAAUCUAUACCAAAUGCAUUUGGAAGAAAUUCAACUAACCCAGCUGCAAGUGGUGGAAUGCUUCUUCGUUCUGUCCUACCAUGCUCGGGCAAUACUAAUGCACUUGGCAAUGGUUUUCAUCAAAAUCAAUCUUCUUUAGUAACACUGGCUACUAAUCAACGCGCUGUGCCUCAAUUAACUAAUCGACAACCGACUAAUAAAGUUCUCUUUCAAACUAGUCCAUCACCUCAGUCGACCAAUAAUAUAACCAUACAUGGAUCACAACAGCAAGCAUUACAUCAACAACCUGUUCAUACGUACCCGCAACAAGUUCAUUCAGCUGGAAUCAUUUCAGGACAACAGUCAAAGACUAACCAUCAGAUGGUAUACACUCAGUCUGCUGGUGGUAGAUCAAAUACUCAAAUGAUUGUAGGAGAUUCUUCGUCUGUUAAUGUAAUUCACGCUCAAAAUCACCAUCACCAACAUCAAACUAAUACGGUACAUUCUCCGUAUCAUCAUACAGCAACUCCGAAUAUGGUGCAUGGUAAUAAUGUUGAUCAUUCAAUUAGUCCACGUCCUACACAUCAUUCACAAGUUGUACCAAUGUCACCGCAUAAUCAUCCUUCAUCUGUUACUGUCGGUGGAGUUGGACAACCAUCACGUCCUGCACAAAUACCUGUCACUACAGUUGUACAGUCGGUCAAUCGACAAAUCACUUGCAAUUCAACGCCUACAAAUACACCACAUCCAACAUCAACACUUUUGACACCUGCUGGACCAUUAACUCCAUUAUAUUUUAGUCAUGAUGGUAAUCCUUUACCUUCUCGUCCUGAAGAAUGUUUAAUUGGUUGUAAAGUUGUUUGGAGACGCGUUAUGCGUUCACAUGGAGCUGAAGUAGUUUUGGCAUAUGAUCCUAUACGUGUUACUCACGUGGUUAUUGAUUGCCAGUUAGAAGAACCUGAUGUAAUCAAACAAGCUUUGUUGGAUCAAAAACGUUUAGUUACAAUCUAUUGGGUCAAUGAUAUCCUUGCAAAGGGUAGAAUGAUUCCUCCAUUUGAAAUCUUACAUCUACCAUCACCAUUUUCUAAAGAAAUAACAUUUUCAUUUAUACGUGCACAGAUAAUAUCACUAACGGGUUUUGAAGGUAAAGAUCGUCAAAAGAUUGAAGUUAUUAUACGUCAAAUUGGUGCUACUUUUACAGAUUAUCUUGAACCAUCGAAUACACUAUUGGUUUGUAAACAACCUUCAGGUAAAAAGUAUGAAAUGGCACAAUUAUGGGGUAUACCAUGUAUCAAUAUACGCUGGUUACAAGAUCUGUAUUUCGGUGACUUAACAACUCUGUCAUUAUCAGUGCCUCAUAAAUAUUUAUGCUUUGAAACAUCAGAUGUAACUAUUUCACUGGAACGAUGUACUCCACGUGUACAAGAUUUAAUGGUUGGAUGGCAGGCACCAAUUCGAUUAACUCAAGAAGUUUGGAUACGUUCUAGUAAAUUAUCUCAUGAUUUUGCUAAUGAAGAACGUGAGCGUAAAAGGAAACUUGAAACUGAAAAUAAUAAUAAUAAUAACAACAGAAAUCACUCAAAAGUUAAAAAAUCAAAAUGUUUAUUAGCCUCACUAACAGAUGAAGACAUCAAAAUUGCAAUGUCAUGUCGACCACGUUAUGAAACUCUUCUAUUGGAGGCUGAACAAAAGCGUGAAUUACAGGCUACCAUGAAAGCUGUAGCUGUUGCAACAGAGGCUGCCUCCAAUAGUGAUCCUCAAAAUAUAUCAGAAAGUGAAUCGAAUCCUCUGCUUUCAAAUUCUACGCCUUCAGUGCCAAUUGCUACUAACAGUAAUAAUCAUUUAACUCCAAACAUGUCAGUCGAUACAGUUGAUGAUGACGAUGAUAAUGGUGACUCAGGAGUGACUCCCUUUUCAUCAAUUAGUCAUCAAUCUAAGAUUAGCAUCGAUGAUAAUGAUGAAGUAGGUCGUCAGUCAUGUACUAUUAAUUCUAUUCCUGUAACUGUUACUAUUGUUGGAAGUAAUGAUCCACAAGAUGUUGUUUGUGAACAAGAUACAUUGACAAUAAAAAUGGAUUGUGAUCAUCCUAUCCACUCUGAUGCUACAAAUCCAUCAAAUACUGACAUGGGUACAACUCCUUGUGUUGAAACACAACCAAGUGGAUCUGAUUAUCAUAAAAAUGAAGAAAAGGAAGAACAACCUCAAGUAACUGAUAACCCAGUCGAUCAAACCAGCUCUGAUCAACAUCAUGACAUACAACAGCAGCAAGCCAGUGGAACAGACCAUUCUGAAACAGAUUUGUUAGAUCAGACUGUACAGAAGAAGUGUGCCUCACCAAUUUCUGGAAAUGUACAGAAUAUGGAAAUUAGUGGUGAUGAUAGUUAUCCGGCUGUUAUUGUUACUCAUGUUGAUAGUAAUCGUGAUGAGAUUCAAGGCAAACAGGAUGCAGUGAUAAAAUCAGAAUCAAGUCCAAACCAUGUUCAAGGGGUAUCAAAUGAUAGCGAUAAUCAUGAUGAUAUUAGAAAUACUAAGGAAAUUACUGGAUGUGAUGAUGUAAAUAGUAAUGAUACUAAGAGUAAUGUUGAUAGUAUCAAUACAACAACUAGUGUAACUAUUGAUGGUAUAAUGCUAUCAGCAUCAUCAUCAACCAUAUCUACAUCUAACAAUAUAUCCAAUACCUUUGAAGUUUCCAAGGUAUCUACAACAGAAACGAAUACAAUGCAUAUUCAGAAAAUCUCUCUGGAGAAUGAUUCAUUUACUCAGUUAAAAGAUUCAGUCAACAGUACUGUUAUUUGUACUUCUACUACUAUCUCUUCUGUUAAUGACACCAAUCAAAUAGUUAUUUCAGAUGACAGUAAUAUGCAAUCUAGCAAUAUAAAUGACGCAGCAAUAAUUGAGGUCACCUCACUGUUAACCAUAACAACAACAACAACAACAGCAGCAGUUGAUAAAUCAAACAUUCAUUCAGAUCAGUUAUCUGAAGAUACUAUUCGUAAACGUUUAGCUACUAGUCCUAUAGACGGUGUUAUGGAUUGUAAACGACGAGCAGUGGAAGUAGAUUCAUCAGACUCUAUUCCAGCGACUAAUAUUGAUGUUUCUCCUACUAAUUCUACUUCUCCUCAUAAAGAAAGCAAAGUUAUCAUCAGUGAAUCAUCUACAUCUGAUUCAAAACAUCACAUUAAAGAUGAUGAAGAUGGUAGUUUAAUUCGUGUAAAUAAAAUUGAAGAAGGUGAAACAAUUACUAAUGAGCCACUCAGUCAUAUGGAUGAAGAUAUCAUUGAUAAUGUAAACGUUGAGGAGUCAUCACUGACAGUUGAUAGUUCUAGUGUUGCUUAUUGUAGUACAGAUUCAAAGAUUAUGCCUGCCAACAAUGAAUCGACUGGAUUACCGCAGCCACAACCACCACCACCGCCACCAAUCUGUACAGAUAUUAGGAUCACAUACACAGCGAUUGACCUUGAAUCAAGACUAGCAUUGACAGAGUUAUGUUUACAGUUGCCUGAUUGUAAGAUUGUUGAUUCAGCUGAGGAGGCUACACACUUGGUUUCUAAUCGAUUAAUUCGUACACCGAAAACAUAUAUGGCAGUUGCAUUAGGCUGUUAUGUGGUAACACCGAAAUGGAUUCAAGCUUCUGUGGUGUGUGGUUAUUGGUUAGAUGAAACACCUUGGAUACUAUCGGAUCCAGAUUCUGAAGCUCAAUUAGGCAUUGAUUUAAAAAAGUCAAUUAGCAUAGCACGUAAACGUCAAAUGAUUGGACCAGAGGCUGGAUUAUUUGCUGGUUUAGAAUUUUGGUUUUCUCCAGGUGCAUGUCAUCGUGAAAUGUGUAUAGCAUUGAUUAAAGCUGGUCAUGGUAUAGUUCGUCAGAGAAGACCAACCCAGAAGAUGGCGUUACUAGCACAACCGAAACAGCUAAUUAUAUGCCAUGAAGAUGAUAGUCAUGUUGCUAAUUAUUUGAUGCGUACUAAAACAGGCAAUAAAGCUGUUCAUCAUGAAGAGUUUAUUCUCAGUGGAACACUGCGUCAAGAACUGGAUUUCGAUGCAUACCAGAUUCAGUAUGUUAACACACUACGUAAUGGUUUGAAAGCCGCUGUUGCUGCAGCAGCAGCAGCGGCUACAUUGUCUAACGACAAUGACAACAGUAAUAAUAGUAACAAUGUUAAUUCAUCAACAAUCACUGUCAUACCUCCACCUACAUCUUUGAGAUUUGAAAGUAAUCCAACUAAUCAAAUUCAUAAUACUAUUUUAUCAUCAGCAACAGCAGUAGCAGCAGCACCAUUUGAUGAACGAAUUCCUCAUAGUCAAACAGCUACUAUUUCAGCAUUGAAUCGUGUAAUUUAUACCUCGUCUUCACCUAUCACGUUAAAUACUUCAUGUCAGCAGUUAAAUCCUUCUCUAACCUAUCAAGCAGUUAAUUUGUUGUCUGUGUCUAAGAGUCAAUCAGCUAUGCCUACUGAAUUGAAGUCUGUUCUGUCUACUAGGAGUAGUAAUGCAGAAGAUUUUCAUCAUCGUCAUCCUCCUUAUAUUCAACCCUAUGCAACUAUCUCUACAUAUCAACCGUCAAAUGAUACACAGUCAUGUGUAAAUCAGCCUCAGUUAACUUGUUCAUCUGAGUUGACAUGUCAGUCAAUUGUGAACAAUACACCUUCUUCUCGUCUUAUCUCCAUUGUUCCAUCAAUUACUAAAGCUGAUACAAAUUUAAGUUAUCUUUUAUCACGACCUAAUACAUUAGAUCAAAUCUCUGCAACAAAUAUACCGAAUACAUCAUCAUUAUCAUCUUAUGUGUUGUCUUCGACUGUUUCUCCACCAGUUUCAACACCAUCACAACUACCACUAUUAACAUCACGUCAAGAGUUUGUUAAAAUUCAACCAGAAACUACAGUUGUUAGCUUGUCUCAUGUUGGUACAGCCAACUCGGUUACAGACUUAAUUAUAUCAGUUUGUACAAUAGAUAAAUGUCCAGUAACUAACUCACUGCUUACCAGCAAUAAUAAUAAUAAUAAUAAUAAUAAUAAUAUGCUUCCACCGAAGUCAUCUGUUACCGCUCUUACCUCAAGUUUUGAUAACAAUGCAAGUAAUCAUAAACGAAAUGUGAUUGGAAAUACUCGCCCUAGUAGUCUUUUAUUAACUGGUGGUCCUGUCUUGGAUCCAUUCUUAUCUUCAUUACCUAAUCAGGAGGUAAGACAAACAAUUGUACAUCGUCCAGUGACACCAUUGACAGCAAUGAUUGUAGCAGCAGAAUCAGGAGUUGGCGAUAUAAUGAAUCCAUUGCCGAUUUGUUGUGAUACAAAUGAUUGUGUCGGUUCUGUAUCUACAUUUAUGAUACCGAAAUCCAGUGGGUUUCGAGGUCAGGUACCGAAUGUGACUGUUUCAUCUGUUAAUUUGAAUGCACGUAUUGCAGCAGCGGAUGCAAAUGCUGUAGCCAGUGCAACUGCUGCUGCAGUAAGUGCACUCAGUAGCAGUGGUAGCGGUGGGAACAUUAACAAUACUGAUAUAGUAAGUAAAACUGGUUUAGGAUUAUCAGUUUCAACACCUGGCUUGCCUAUUCGAUCACCUAGAAAUACUGUACUUACUACAAAUCCAUUCCCUGCUGAAAUAAUUGAUUCACCAAGGCAUUUAAUAUCUGGUAUUCAACAACCGUUAUCAAAGUUAUCUUCAUCUUCACCAACUGUUAGUUCAUUCGAUGUAGUCAAGAAUCUCAUCAAGAGUCAAAACAAUUUCAGAGUUGAUAGUUGUAAUAAAGAAUGUAGUAAUAGUAUUACUAGUACCAUUAUUGGUAGUAAUAAUAAUACAGACGGGAUCACAUCAAAUGAUGAUUGUACUAACUUUGGACCUAUUCUUCAAUCCUCCUCUUCCAUAACACAGCCUUCACAUAUAAUAAUCCCUUCUUCAAUGUUGCUUAUGAAAAAUAGUUUAGUUAGUCUUUCCGAUUCGUCGACUUCAGAAAUAAUGAUGAUAACUGGUACAGCGCCGACAACAAUAGUAGCAGCUGCAGCAAAUACAACAACAACAGAUUCCUUAAAUCUUUGUAGCGUUAUAUUACCGGAUACAUCGAGUUACUUUCCUUCCCAAUCGAUAAAUUCAUCGUCAUUAUCCCUAUCAUCUUCAGUUUCCACAUUAUUUACAUCUGAUUCAAAUAUCUGCUUAAUGAAAGAGCAAUCAAGUAAUUUUUCUACUCUAUGUGAUUUCAAUUAUGAAAUUGACAUUAACAGAGAUGCAUCUAUGUCAAGUAAUCAUAAUGACAAUUCUGAAAUUUGUAUUAUCCAUGUAGAUGCUACUAAUGCCGCUACCACCACCACUACUACUACUAUUACUACUGCAUGUAUCAAUACUAAUAUUAAUAGUAAUAGUAGUACAAUUACAAUCCCUUUAUCUGAAUUAGAUUGUUCUACUGUAAUUAACGAUGAUAUUUGUUGCAAUAAUGUUAAUAAUAAUCUAUGCACAGUCCAAUCAACCAUUCCUGAUGAACACUUAUGUACUUCAUAUGUAAUGUUAUCCUCUUCCUUGGCAUCUUCACCAGUAACAAUAUCAUCAUCGACAACACCACCAACAACAACAACCAUUUCGUGCAAUGAUCAUACACAAGUUGAAUAGAUUAAUUAUAACAACUAACCAAGGGUUAUCCAGCCUAUUUGCAAUGUAUGUUGUCAUUGGCUAUUGUAGAAGUCUUGCGUCAUUGUAAUUCACCAAAUGCAUGUACAUCCUACCAUUAUUAUCACUUUACUGUAUUAUUAUUAUCAUCAUUACUAUUAUUAUUAUUAUUAUUAUUAUUAUUAUUAUUAUUAUCAUUAUCACGACUACUGUGACCAUCAUAUAAUAAUUCAUUUUGCGAAUAGCUCAAUUGUUUUCUUCUUACCUUUUGUAUUUAUUGAAUCCCAUUGUCUUUCUGUUGGUUUGUUACUGUAGCGUAUCAUUUAUUGUUAUUAUUAUUAGUAGUAUAAGUUGUUUUGAUAGUGUUCCAUUUACAGUGAAUGAAGGCCAUUUUUCCCCUCUAUGGUCACUUGAUGUACAACCUCUAAGUACACAUCUAUUUUAAUUACUUACGCUUAAAAGCGCAUUUAUUUUAUUUCAUUUCUCCUCCUCCUUUUCCUCAUACUUUUUUGCUAUCCUAUCCUUACGUAUUUCGUGUUGAUUAUUUAAUAAUUAUGUGUUCCCACAACUGCUUCCCUGUGUCUUUAGUCUUCCUUAUUAAGUCUCUGUUGUAUAGUGCGUAUUCUUAUUGAACAAGGGGUGCAUAGUUACAUUGAGCACCGUUUUGUUCUUUAAGAUAUAUUGCACACACUUGAGCACUGAUAAUAUAAUGAAAUACAUACAUAGUAAAUACAUGCUCAUAUUCUUUAUCCGAUUUUUUGUUGUGUUUUGUUUACUUAUUUCUUCAUAUUCGUUUGUUAGUUUUACCUUGUUUAAUGCUAAUUAAUAUUUUUAAGGUUUUUGCAACUACUUGUACUACUCCUGUUCUUUGGCCUUGUUUAUCUGCCAGCCCCCCGUAAAACCUGUUAUAUUAUCCUAUGCAUAUCUUUAGUUACUGUUCUUGAAAAUAACUCAUUGAUACUGCACAUAUUUAUACGUUUAUGUAUAGUAAAUAAAGUGUAAACAUCUAAUUCUCACACAAGCUACUCAUAAACGAAAUGAGUAGUUGAGUGUUAUUCAUUGAUUAGUCACUGCAGCCUAACCUGUUUCACACGGUCUAAACCUAAAUGCUAACCUAGUUCUAUCGACCGUUUUCGCAAAGUAGUCAUUAGGCUAGGAAAUUGACCAUGGUAGUGC